AAGCAUGCAAUCACCCGAUUGGCAAACCAUACAGAAGCAAUAGCGCGGCGCAAGCUACACCAUAUACGUACAAACCAGAGGAGCGCAGCAGCGAUCCAAACUCGAGAGAGAUGGCCGCGGCAGCUCACCUCCGUGGUCACGUCGUCUUCAAUUCGGCGAGCAACGCCCGGCGUCACACGCAGGCCCCCGCCCCGUCGCUCUCGCGCGGUCGCCUCCCAACGGCUCGAAAGCCGCCCGUGGCUCGCUGCCAGCGCCACGGCGUAGGGGCCUUGGAACUAGACGACGGAGCGGCGAGGCGGCCGGCGCCGCGGUUCCUGUGCCUGCACGGGUUCCGCACCAGCGGGGAGAUCAUGCGGAGGCAGGUGGCGGACAGGUGGCCCGCCGGCGUCACGUCCCGCCUGGACCUCGCCUUUCCCGACGCGCCCUUCCCCGCCGAGGGCGACUCCCCGGUGCGCGGCGUCUUCGACCCGCCCUACUACGAGUGGUGCCGCUUCGCCGGCGAGGUCAGUCCGGCGGGCCUCCGUCAGAGUCAGACUAGGUAGCGCGUGGUUGACUUUUCAGCUAGACUGACAGACAGGAUCACUUCACACCCGUUCGCUAUUGAACUUAGGUAUGCUCUUUCCUUUUGUCGAAGUGGAAUCGUAGAACAGAAUGUGAUACGAUGAGAUAGAAUGCAAUAGAAAUAGAAACAAGGAUAGCGAACGGGUUACCUACUCCUAAGGGUCAAAGCAAGCCCUUUAAUUCAAUUCUUUAUUCUUACAUUAAAAUUCUUACAUUAAAGAAUGAAUAAAAUCUCCCCAAGUAGGAUUCGAACCUACGACCAGUCAGUUAACAGCCGACCGCUCUACCACUGAGCUACUGAGGAACAAGGGAGGAUUCGACCUCCUAGAGUUCAACUCCCGCUCUCAACCCAUGAACAAUAUGAGUCCGAAGCUUCUUUCGUAACUCCCAUAAUUUCUUCGUAGUGGCUCCGUUCCAUGCCUCAUUUCAUAGGGAAGCCCAAAGUGGCUCUAUUUCAUUCUAUUUCACUUCCUAGCACUUCCUAUCAUUUAAUAUCCAUCCCUUUGGUCUUAUUGACAUAAGAGAUGUCAUUUAUAGUCUAUCUCUUUCUAUAUAUGGAAAGUCAAGAAAUUCUCAUCGAAACAUCGAGAAAUUGUGCAUAUAGAAAACUCUAAAGAAAGAAAAAAAGGAGACCCAUGCCAUGAUUUUCAAAUCUUUUCUAUUUAGUAGUCUAAGUUUCUCGAUGAGGAUAAUUAAUUCGGUCGUUGUGGUCGGACUCUAUUAUGGAUUUCUGACUACAUUCUCCAUAGGUCCCUCUUAGAUCUUCUUUCUCCAAUCUUGGAUUAGGGAAGAAGGAGAUAUUCGCGACUACUGGCGAUUUCAUUAUGGGGCAGCUCAUGAUCUUCAUAUCGAUCUAUUAUCCACCUCUGUAUCUAUUCUUUCUUAGCUAAACAGGUGGAAGAUCUAUCCAAUUUGGUUAUAUUAUAUCAUGGACUCGAAAAACGGAUCUGAAUUUGACUGAAAUGCACGAUCUUCACAGGUAUCACUUUUCACGAUACCUAAAAGGUGGAAUAGCGAUUUUCGAACCAUUUCCUAUAAGAGAAUGGUUUCCAUUACUUUGAGAAAUGGAUUCUUAUAUCAAACUAUAGCUAUUGCAUUAAAGAAGAAAAGAAACUAAUAGAAGUCGAAGACGCGGAAUGAUAGUGAAUAGAGAGAAAGAUUCUUCUGAUUUUCUUGUUUCUAUCUACUAGACGCCGUAGAGAAUUGAGAAUUUUCAUGUCUUUCAAUUCUCGUACUCGUAAUUGGAAAGUUCUGGAAGGAGACCCAUCAUUUUGCAAUGAAAACAACAUAUAAAACUCUGGACAAUUUCGAAAUCAGGCCAAGCGUCUUAAUACAUAUGCAAAAAAAUUCAUUAUUGGCCCACCAUUGAUUAGAAGAUUUAGCUUGUAUGAAUCGCUAUUGGUUUGAUACGAAUAAUGACAAUCGUUUCAGUAUGUUAAGGAUACAGAUGUAUCCACAAUUCAUUUAGAGUUACUUAAUAGUCUAUUUCUUAUACCAUAUCUCUAUCCCGUGAAAUUCUCGAGCCAAAAGAUGGAUGCAUAUGCUGUGUUUCAUUUUGCUAAAUGAUAUCAAUUAAAUGGUGUAUCAAUUCCAUAAAUUGCAUAUAGCAAUAAAUAAAUCAGCAAAAUUCUUUCUAAUAUUUUAGAUAGAAGAAAUGUUUCUUCUAUCUAAAAUAUUAGAAAGAAUGUACCCUU